AUGGACGACCUUGCCUCUCUGGAACUGCUCUCGUUGGUAUCGAAAGUGACAUCCGAGCUCCAGAAUCAUUUAGGCAUCAACGACAAGACUUUAGCUGAAUUUGUGAUCGCACAGCAUUCACAAUGUCAAUCAUUGCCCAAAUUCAAAGCCAAGAUGGAGGAGAUGGGAGCAGACUUUCCUCCGAGUCUGAUCGAGAGUGUAGAUCGGCUCAUACUCACCAUGCAUCCCAAACACAAGGGGAAAGCAAUUGGACAUUCUACGGGAAUACGGGUCAACGGAGACGGUCAGAAUGUUGAUGACAUGGAGAAGAAGACUAGAAUAUUUAAAGGAUUAGCUGUGCCGGAUAGAGAACAGCAGUGGGAGGAUGAGUCGGAAGCCAAGGAUGGACCACUGACUGGCGCCCUCGAUGAUACCUUCGCGAUGCUUGAAGGCCUGGCUGGGAAAGGCACAAAGCUGUCAAAUGGUGCAGACAAUAGCAAUAGGAAAAGAAACCGGAGUCCAGAUGACAUCGACGGCGACCGGAGCAGAAGGGAAAGGGACAGAUUUUGGUCUCGAUCAAGGUCUUAUAGCCGAGAAAAGCAUAGCAGACAUCGAAGGAAUAGUGGCCACAACUACGACAAGGAAUACUCCGCUCAUGCGAACGAAAAUCGCACUAACGACAAUGAGUAUCGCACCGGUCGAGGAGGUCGUAAAAAGGGACACAGAUAUGAUGAAGACGACUUCUUCAAGCGUCCACCCACUCCCGAGAUCGAUGAUGCACCUAAAAUCUUCAAGGUAUACAACGGUACAGUCAGCGGUAUCAAGCCUUUUGGAGCAUUCGUGAGCUUGCAGGGCGUGAAAGGGAAAGCUGAUGGAUUGGUGCAUGUCUCUGCAAUGCAGGAAGGAGCCCGAGUGAACGACCCUUCAGAUCUUGUUUCUCAAGGUCAGUCUGUUAAGGUGAAGGUCGUGAGUAUCGAGCCUGGACCUAAAGGGUCUCGAAUCGGACUAUCAAUGAAAGAAGUAGAUCAAGUCACAGGUCGCGAUCUAGUACCUCAGAAGAGACUAGCAUCAGGUGCAAACAUGGAAAGGCUCGAUGGUAAGGGCCCUGAAACCAACGGCAACGACAGAUAUGGUAGUCUCUCUUCAGAUGUACCUGUUAUAGAAGGUGAAAUGAAUGGGAAGCGCAUGCGACAAAAGAAAAGAAUGACGUCUCCUGAAAGGUGGGAGAUCAAACAAUUGAUUGCAUCAGGCGCCAUCUCUGCAUUGGACUACCCAGACAUCGAUGAAGAGUAUAAUGCAACGUUAGCUGGGGAAGGCGAUUUUGAGGAGGAGGAAGACGUGGAUAUUGAAGUCCGAGAAGAAGAACCUCCAUUCCUUGCUGGGCAGACAAAGCAAUCUUUAGAGCUUUCCCCUAUAAGAGUUGUCAAAGCACCAGAUGGAUCGAUGAAUCGCGCUGCCAUGGCCGGUACAUCCCUAGCAAAGGAGCGCCGUGAUCUACGACAGCAAGAAGCACAGGACAAAGCUGCUGAGCAAGCCUCACAAGUUGACCUGAACGCGCAGUGGCAAGAUCCAAUGAUGGCCCCCGACCAGCGCAAAUUCUCCAGCGACCUCCGAAACCCGCAAGCACACAAGGCCCCUGAUACUUUGCCGGAGUGGAAGCGGGUGACCCAAAGCAAAGACCAGUCACUUGGGAAAAGAAGCUCUAUGUCAAUCAAGCAGCAAAGGGAAAGCUUGCCAGUAUAUAAAUUUCGCAAGCAGCUCCUCGAUGCUGUCAACGAAAAUCAACUCAUGAUUGUAGUGGGCGACACUGGAUCUGGUAAAACUACCCAGUUGACACAGUAUCUUGCAGAGGGUGGUUUCGCCAAUUAUGGUAUGAUCGGGUGUACUCAGCCUCGCCGAGUCGCUGCAAUGUCUGUUGCGAAGCGUGUAGCUGAAGAGGUUGGCUGCAAGUUGGGUCAAGAAGUUGGGUACACCAUUCGUUUCGAAGACUGCACCAGUCCAGAAACCAAAAUUAAAUAUAUGACCGACGGCAUGCUUCAAAGAGAGGUGCUCGUGGAUCCUAACCUCAGAAAAUACUCAGUCAUUAUGCUUGAUGAAGCCCAUGAGCGAACCAUUUCGACGGACGUUCUCUUCGGAUUGCUGAAGAAAACGUUGAAGAGACGCCCUGACCUAAAAGUGAUUGUUACAUCCGCCACGCUCGAUGCCGACAAGUUUUCUGAAUACUUCAACAAGUGUCCGAUCUUCACAAUUCCAGGUCGUACGUAUCCCGUGGAAGUGAUGUACUCGAGAGAACCGGAGUCAGACUAUCUUGACGCUGCCCUUGUCACGGUCAUGCAAAUCCAUUUGACAGAGCCUCCAGGCGAUAUACUACUUUUUUUGACGGGGCAAGAGGAAAUAGAUACAAGUUGCGAAAUUCUAUUCGAGAGAAUGAAAGCUCUUGGUCCAAGCGUGCCCGAGCUACUCAUUCUCCCUGUUUACUCCGCUCUACCUAGCGAGAUGCAGAGUAAGAUUUUCGAACCUGCACCACCUGGCAGCAGAAAAGUGGUCAUUGCGACCAAUAUUGCUGAGACUUCAAUCACGAUUGAUGGCGUUUAUUACGUUAUUGAUCCUGGAUUUGUCAAGCAGAACGCUUACGAUCCUAAGCUUGGAAUGGAUUCGCUUGUUGUAACACCUAUCUCCCAGGCACAAGCUAAACAGCGAGCUGGUCGUGCUGGGCGUACAGGUCCAGGGAAGGCAUUCAGACUAUACACAGAGGCAGCUUUUCAGUCGGAGAUGCUUCCGACUUCUAUACCCGAAAUCCAACGCCAGAACCUGUCACACACCAUCCUUAUGCUGAAAGCCAUGGGCAUCAACGACUUACUCCACUUCGACUUCAUGGAUCCUCCUCCUACCAACACUAUGCUAACAGCCCUCGAAGAGCUCUAUGCCCUCUCAGCUCUUGAUGACGAAGGUCUCUUGACGCGCCUUGGCCGUAAGAUGGCAGAUUUUCCUAUGGAGCCAGCUCUUGCAAAGACACUGAUUUUUUCGACUGAUCUUGGAUGCUCAGAUGAGAUUCUGAGUAUCGUUGCUAUGCUCUCGGUCCAGACCGUCUUCUACCGCCCAAAGGAGAAGCAACAGCAAGCAGAUCAAAAAAAGCAAAGGUUUCAUGAUGCUCAUGGAGACCACCUCACCCUACUGAACGUCUACAAUGGUUGGAAAGGAAGUAAAUUUUCGAAUCCAUGGUGUUUCGAAAAUUUCAUCCAGGCUCGCUCCAUGCGACGUGCCCAAGACGUGCGUCAGCAACUCGUGAGCAUCAUGGAACGAUAUAAGCACCAAAUUGUUUCAUGUGGAAGGAACACGAUGAAGGUGCGGCAAGCUUUGUGCUCCGGAUUCUUCAGAAACGCCGCAAGGAAAGACCCACAGGAAGGCUACAAGACGCUCACCGAAGGCACCGUCGUCUAUCUACAUCCUUCUUCUGCCAUGUUUGGGAAACCAUCAGAACAUGUUAUAUUCGAUACCCUGGUCUUGACGACGAAAGAAUAUAUGCAAUUUACUACUGCGAUUGAACCAAAAUGGCUUGUGGAGGCAGCGCCUACGUUCUUCAAGGUGGCCGCUACAGAUCGGCUGUCAAAAAGAAAGAAGGCGGAAAGGAUACAGCCGUUGCACAAUAGAUUUGCUGGCGAGGAUGAUUGGCGAUUGUCGGCGCAGAAGAGGCAAGGACGUGGUGGUGGAGGUGGUACUUGGGGUUAG